GGAAUGACUUCUCGACCUUUGGUGACCGUUUAUAACUCAAGAAAGGAAGUCUCCGGGACCAUUUCACUUCCUACAGUUUUUAAGGCUCCUAUUCGCCCUGAUAUUGUUACCUUUGUUUUCGCUUCUAUGAAUAAAAAUCAUCGUCAGCCUUAUGCUGUGAGCAGUAAAGCUGGUCAUCAGACGUCUGCAGAGUCAUGGGGAACCGGGAGGGCUGUUUCUCGUAUUCCAAGGGUCCCAGGAGGCGGUACUCACCGGGCUGGUCAAGGGGCCUUUGGUAAUAUGUGUAGGGGAGGGCACAUGUUUGCUCCUACUAAAGUUUGGAGGAAAUGGCAUCGAAAAAUCAAUCUGAAGCAAAGACGUUAUGCGACUGUCUCUGCGCUGGCUGCCUCUUCUCUUCCCUCUCUUGUGAUGGCUCGCGGUCAUAAAAUAUCAAAAGUCGGGGAGAUCCCUCUCGUAGUUCACGGCGAGGCUGAGUCAGUGAAGACCACGAAAGAGGCUGCUCUAAUUUUGAAGCGUUUAGGAGCUUUUGACGACGUACUUCACGUAAAAGCGUCAAAACGACUCCGAGCUGGUAAAGGAAAACUGCGGAACCGACGUUUUCGACAACGACGCGGGCCGUUGGUGAUCUACGCGAAUGACAACGGCAUCAGUCGUGCAUUCAGAAACAUUUCCGGUGUAGAACUUUGUUGCGUGACACGCUUGAACCUUCUUCAGUUGGCCCCUGGUGGUCACCUGGGCCGUUUUAUUAUUUGGACAGAACCGGCUUUUCAAAUGCUUGAUAAAUUGUAUGGCACCUUUACAAAACCGUCUUUGAUGAAAUCCGGCUUUAGUCUUCCGAAGCCUUUGAUGCAAAAUGCUGAUCUCGCUAGAAUUAUCAACUCCGACGAGAUACAGUCGGUUGUGAAACCUGUUAAAAACAACUCUAAACGCACUGGACAGAAGAAAAAUCCACUGAGAAAUUUCGCUGUUAUGCUACGCUUAAAUCCUUAUGCCAAGAUUUACAAAAGGCACGAGUCUUUGAAAAGAUUAAAAGGUGUGCAGAAAAAGAAGACACCAAGCAAAGAAAUCAAAAAAAUAGGAAAAAAAUUCUAUCUUCGCGCAGUUUCCGAAUAG